GGUAAAGUGUGUUGUUAGCAAAAAGCAGUGUGUCCUCAUCUCGGAGCUACAGUGAGGAAAACCUAUGUGCCCUGCCUGGAUCUUGUGUUGAAAAAUGAGCCAAGUAUUUAGUCAAUUUUCAGUUUGAAAAAUGUAGAGGAAAAAUUUCAUAUCCAUGCGAAUUCGAUCUCGAGCGCAAGAGGAUAAAAAGCAUGUCGGUCUUUGGUCUGUUGUUGUUUCUUUGCUGUGGGUUGCACAUGACGAUUGCGAUCUCGUCAACUAUCGCUAAGGCUAGCGACUUAUCUUCAAACGAUCACGAACAAACUGGACCGCCAACCCGGAGAAGGAUGCUGCGACGCGAGGCUAGGCAGGAGGACGCCGACCAGAUCAAAUUCCAGAGCAAGAGGACCAAGCAAGAGAGGGCGUCGAGUACUACCCCGAGUGGUCCAUUCGAAGUCUUAGAGUACUUUUCCGCGGCCACCUCGUUUUUGCAGGAAAGUAUGGAAAAAGUCCGGCACAAGCUCGUCGGGCGUCGUACCCCCAGUGCGGCGCUAGCUAAGACUGCGCCCUCCUCUUCGGUAGCAGAAACGAUUAAGUCCGACGUCGUCGAUCCUGACCAUCCAGAGAAGGACACCGAAGAAGAGGAAAAAGAUUCAGGCAGCUGUCCAAAAAAGAAAAAGUGGAAAAAAAGAAAAAGCUACACUGUCAAGCAAGUCGGGAAUGUGGUAUCGUGCAGCGAGCAAGAAGUGCAUCGUCUAAGGCACCUGCUUGCCACAGCGAAAAAUGAGCAAACAGCCGCAAAAACCAUCGAAGCCGGAGCGGGCGCCGCCAAUGCCGCUACUGCCGCACAACAGCUGCAGUCUUCCCUGCAGAAACGACGAGAGCAACUGGCACACAUGCUCGAUGUUUCCAAAGAGACCGCCGAGGGAAAGGGCGACUGCGAAUCCGCCCGCACCGGCAUGCUACGCUCGCAGCUGCAGCGGAUCGACAACGCGCUUGCGGCCGGGGGCGAGGCGAAAAAAGACGACACGAACGGAAUGGAGGCACUGCUGGAAGAAAUCGCAAAGGUUCGCGGACAACUCGAGCAAUCCGACAAGGAGAAGCAGGCAACACUGCUGCGUUUGCUGGGAAGCUGCGUGGAACUGACGGAGAAUCUGUUGGAUAACCUCGAAAGCGAAGAUGAGUUGGAAAAUGCAAAACUCGACGUAGGCGAAACUCCAGACGCGGCAGAAGUUCAACGACGCGAACUGCUGAAGAAAUCCAUUCAGAGCGAGCUCGAUAUGGCAAAGCACGCACUCAACACCGCUGGAGAAAAAGCAAAAGGCCCAAAGUCCAUGAAGCAAACGUCUAAAGAGAUCGAAGCGGCGGAGCGCGAGGCCGGGUUUUCGCCGUCGGAAGAGGAAAAGACAGGACAGAAGAAACUGGCGGAAGAAAAGGCAGCGAAUGAGCAGUUCGAAGAUCUCGAAAAGGACAGACAGGCAAGCGCAGCAGCAGACGCAGUGAAGAGCUCUGGAGCUGGAGGCACGUGAAAGUUUAGGUUCAGGUUUUGCUUGUGCGAGAUACCGAACGGAAGCAGAAACAUACCAGCUAGAAGAGAAAGCAGACCGGCGACGGACCUGUAAAUGUAAAAAAAUGUGAAUUGUAUACCAACGACACUACAAUCACAAUGAAUGUUUAUGUAUUCCACUGUACCAAGAAACAAGCAGAAGGUAAACCUACCAAAAGUGUACAAAAAUGCACCGCUUCAUAAUGCGUGUACCAUAGCGAGUUUACCCGGCACUCUUCGUGCUCGCAAAAGUGAAUUUCCAU